AUGGGCGUCGGCAGACCCAUAUCAGCCGAAGACAGCGCAGGCUACCAGGCGUCAGAAGACACAUUCCGGAUGAAGACACAUGGCGUCGCGAAGACGCGUGGGCAAGCGCAGACACUUCCUGAAGAUACGUCCGGCGCAGACACGUGGCGUCGCGAAGACAUGUGGCGUCGCUCGGCGCAGGACAGCGCAAUCGGCACCGUCGGAGCUUCGGCGCAAUCGGCGCGUCCCCGUGCAAUCGAAGCAUUCCGGCGAACUGGCCGAUUCAAGCUCAUGGCCAGCUUAGGCCACCGAGCCCUUUUGCAGCGCGUGCGGGCUCAGGGGCCGAAGCUGGUCAUGAGCUUGAAUGCGGCCAGUGCGCCGAUUUCGCCGAAGAUCGCCGAACCUCCAUCGGCGCCGAUUGCGCUGUCCUGCGCCGAUGGUGGCAAAUGUGGCGUCACUGGCGUCGGUGGCGUCAGUCAGCCUGCAGGCGUCGCCGGAUGUGUCGUCAGGACGUGGCGUCAUGAAGCCCUGCAGGGCGUCACGAAGGCAGCUGGCGUCACACGGACGUGGCGUCAAAACGAGACAGAGGAUGAGUCCAAGCUCAGCGAGAGGGAGAUAGCCAAGAAGAAAUGGGUUCGGAGAUUGAGAUGGGCAUGGCGAAAGCUGACAGCGGCAUUUUGGGUCUCGCUGGCCUGCUUCACCAUCUACUACACCAACUUCUUCCGUGUCAUGUGGGAGUCCCCUUUGGUGAACCGUACCUAUUUCUACCUUGCCUUCGCUUGCCUGGCCUUCAAUAUGUCCAUGCUGGGGUACCUCGCGCUUUGGUGCACGGUCGUGCUGAAGAUCGAGGAGCCGUGGGAGACUAAACAUCCGAAGGCUAUCCCCGUGAUGGCCAUCGUUGGCUUUUCCACCGUUUGGCUAUUCUUCUUUGCGUUUUGGCCUGUCUGGGGCCUCCUGACGCUGGUCAUCCAACUCAUUUUCUUCCUGGGCUUUGUGAGCGCAGGUCAGUUCCUUCCCAGCGGGACGCCCGGAGCUGUCCUCAUGUUCGUGAUCUUCUUCGGAGCUUUCUUCACAUCAGAGCUCAUCCCUCAUGCCACCCGGUCGUGA